AUGGAUAGUCUCAAGGUGCUCUACACAGCACUGGAGGUGCUGAUCGCUGUGGCAUGUUGCCUUGGCAACCUGCUGGUGAUCUGGGCAGUGUGUACGAGUGGUGCCAUGCGUCCGCAGCCCAUCUUCUGCUUCAUCGUCUCUCUGGCCGCAGCCGACUUCCUGGUGGGGGCAGUACAAAUACCGGUGGCGGUUCUGAUAGACGACCGGGUCAAAACCUCAUUCAACAGCUGCCUGUUCCUCAGUUGUGUGUUGAUUGUUCUGACCCAAGCUUCUGUCCAUUCCUUGUUGGCUAUAACCCUGGACCGGUUCCUGCGUGUCUACAUCCCACUCAGGUAUAAGAGCACUGUGACACAGAUUCGCUCCUGGUCUGUAGUGGGAGCCUGCUGGGUCUCUGCAAGUAUUUUAGGCUUCGUUCCCAUGUUUGGAUGGUAUCGCCAAGACACUCUAGCACAGAUGGAGGAUUCUAACUCCACAACCAUCACUUGUACGUUUCUGGCAGUGAUUCCAAUGUCCUACAUGGUCAACUUCAACUUCCUCACCUGCCUACUGCCACCUAUGCUACUGAUGCUGGUGUUGUACCUCUGCAUCUUCAUGAGGAUCCACCAGCAGCUGAGAGGAGGUGGGGUGAGUGGCAGUGGGUCUCAUUCCUACUACCAUAAGGAACGGAAACUCACCCGUUCCCUCGUUUUCAUUCUGGUGCUCUUUGCGGUCUGCUGGCUGCCUCUGCACUUCAUGAACGCUGCCUCUUUCUAUGGAGUUAUUGUUCCUCGCCAGGCUUUCUAUGUUGGCAUUCUCCUCUCUCAUGCAAACUCGGCCAUUAAUCCAGUGGUGUAUGCACUGAAAAUCCGCAAGCUCAAAUCUGCUUUCAAGGCAAUUUGGAUGAGGCACUUUCUUUGCAAGGAGGGCCAAGAGACUAAAGUCAAUAUCAACAGUACCAUCAGCACAAGAAAUGAGCCAAACAGGACGUUGUGAUCUGCAGAUCUACAGUGUACUACAUGUUGACUCCAUCUCAUACAUCCACCAUACCAUAAGGAGUGGAGUCUGGCUCGAUCCCUACUUCUUAUCCUGGUGCUGUUUGCGUUCUGCUGGCUACCUCUGCACUUCAUGAACGUUGCCUCUUUCUAUGGGCCGCCAUUAACAGUUCCCCAUCAAGCUUUCUAUGUCGGCAUUCUGCUCUUUCAUGCACACUCAGCUGUUAGCCCUGUUGUGUAUGCACUGAAGAUCGACAACAUUAAAUCUGCUUUCAAGACGAUGUGGGGGAGGUACAUGCUUUGCAAAGAGGACCAAGAGACUACAAGGAGCAGCCAGACCACAGGAAAUAUCAACUGCAUCACCACCACCAACAGAAAUGAGCAAAAUAUCAGAGUGUAGUGUCUGAAAUAUCUCCAUCAACAUCUCCACAUAACUCCAACUCCAAUUUUUCACAUUGUCAGUUUGCUAAAUAGCUUUUUGAAUACAGAUCAGUCUGUCUAUUCAUAUGUGCAAUUGAAUCACUGACAUUAUCAUGGCACAUCACAAGUCUGCCACUGCUGUUUUCAGAGUAUUCUCCCUCUAUAAGGUCCUAGAAUUCAUUUUACGUGGAUUAUACAAAACUGUGCAGAUUAGCGACUCCAUUUAAGAGUAGCCAUCAGACUGGAUACAUUUAUCCUGCUUCCCCACCCCACAUAUUGCUAAGAGCUGACUGCUAAUUUUAGGAUGUGGUCUGAUGUGGUGUGAAAAUAGAAAAAGCAUCAUGCAGUUAGAAGUUGCAGAAGUUGCACAGGUCUCGCUUCUUGUGUUUCUGUUUUUGUGUGUGUUUAUAAAAUAAAUAAAUAAAUAAACAAGUGUAGAUACGGAGCUACCAAAUGUGUAAUAUCAGUGCCACUGCUAUUCCACACUAACACAUAAAGUUCACGAGAGGAGAGGGUGCUUCAUCAAAGAAUCUGAUUGCAUCACACACCACAUGGAACAAGUUACCAUCACAGCAUGAG